UUGAAGGCAAAGGUCAAACUUCAACAGCGUGUGUCUCUCAUGUCGGAUUUGUGUGAAAAGUGAUAGAAAUAAUCUUAAUUAUUAAUUUUAAUCAAGGGAUUUUACUUAAGAUUUAAAGAUUUGAAUACUUUACCAGUGCGUGUGAUGCUAUACGGCUGACAUGACAUGUGGUUUGAGGUAGAAUGAGCCCAGACUCUGGGGAUGAGUGACCCCUUGUCCCCGCGGGCCCCCAGAAAGGGCAAAAUUGUCAAUAUCAGGAUCAAGUUUUUGGAUGACACUGUACAUGUUUUUCAAGUCCCGGUCAAGGACAUUGGGCGGUCCCUAUGGGAGGCAGCAGUUCAUCAUCUACAGUUAGUGGAGAGUGACUAUUUUGGACUGCAAUAUGAGGAUUCUCACGGACUCAAGUGCUGGCUGGACAAUGAGAAACCGGUACUGAAACAGUUACCCUCCCCUGACUCACCCCUGGAGUUCCUGGUGAAGUUUUACACUCCAGAUCCAGGCAUGUUGGAGGAGUACACCAGGUACCUGUACAGUCUUCAGAUCAAGAAAGAUCUAGCUAAUGGAUCCAUGGUGUGUAGCGAGAACACAGCGGCUCUGAUAGCCUCCUACAUUGUUCAAGCUGAGAUUGGGGAUUUUAUCAUUGAGGAGUAUCGAGAUUACACAUACUUGAAGGUAUUGGGUCCAUUUGUACCAAACCAAACGGAAGACAUGUUGAAGAAAGUCGCAGAGUACCACAAGCAACACAUAGGAGAAAGCCCUGCUGAAGCUGAGGCAGGACUUCUAGAUACAGCCAGAAAAGUAGAAACUUAUGGAAUGAAACUUUGUCCAGCCAGGGACCACGAGAAUGUGACCUUGAGUCUGGCAAUAGCUCACAUGGGCAUCUUAGUCUUUCAGCAGUUCACUCGCAUCAACACAUUCUCAUGGGCAAAAAUACGGAAACUCAGUUUUAAGCGAAAACGCUUCCUCAUUAAACUUCAUCCAGAAACAUACGUUAGUGGACAGAAAGGUUAUUACAAAGACACAGUGGAGUUUUUCUUUGACAGCAGGGAUUGCUGUAAGAAUUUUUGGAAAAAGUGCUUGGAACAUCAUGCUUUUUUUCGCUGCCAUAGAAUCAAACCAGUGCCAAGAAACAAGACACGUCUAGUUAGUCAUGGAUCUUCAUUUAGAUAUAGUGGAAGGACACAGAAACAGCUGAUGAGCUAUGUACGAGAAAACCCCAUUACUCCACAGUUCCAAAGAUCUGUUAGUGGUAGGAUCUCUUCAAGUCGUAGUACGAGUGUUACACCAAAGAUCGCCUCAAAGACGAUGAUCCAUAACACACCAGACACCAAUAAUAGCCUGGCAUCUAGUGGUUCCCAUGUGGUGCAGAUGGAGAGAGUGGUGUCCCCAGGCAGGAGUGACCACAAUGAUACCCAGAGUAUGGACAGUUCACUCUCUGGAAGUCAUUCCCUCCACUCGCCGAAACUGGAUCACGUCCAGAGGAGUCGGGAAGGGACCCCCGGGGCUGAGGAAGAGGUUGACCAGGAGAGAGAAAACAAUGCUCUCAGAGAUUUACCUCCCCCUUAUCCAGGCUACCCCCACAUCCAGUCCUCCCCUGAGCCGCUGGAGAGUUAUGGUGCCUUUGGAGACAGGAAGUUCUCAGCACCUGUCCUCGGUUCCAAUGACAUGAGAGGCAUAGACCGUCAAGAAGAUCACCAUAUUGUCCGAAGCGAUGAAGUCGAAAACAUUCCAGAAACAGUACAGGAAGAGCCAGAUCUCGAAGAUUUCCCGCCCCCAAUGAUAAGGAGCAGUAGUGAUCUCAACAGAAUAUCCCCAGUCCCCGUGGAGACCCCCAUUGUGUAUCAGGAGGAGGAUGACUACCCUCCCCCUCCUCCUCCCCCACUGAAUGAAAGUGACCUCCAUCUGACCUCUGUGAACCAUAGGUCAGUCCCACCUGAUUCUGUGAUUAGUCAAACCGUGAUAGAGGAUCAUGGGAUACAUGGAAAUGUCAGUAUUCUCAGCUCGUCAAGGACGGAUGAUUCAGAAGAUGAUCCGAAAAAGAAAAACAAGAGACACCUAGUGGACAGAGCUUACUAUAUUGCCAAGGAACUCCUAAUGACAGAGAGGACUUAUAAGAAGGACUUAGAAGUCAUUACAAUGUGGUUCCAGAAUGCUGUACAUUUUGAGGACGGUUUGCCAGACUACCUAACCAACUUGUUUGUACAUUACGGGCCUCUGUACGACUUCCACUGUCAGUUCCUUAAAGAGGUGGAUCAAAGGCUCUCCAUGUGGGAGGGAAAGUCCAAUGCACAUUUAAAUGGAGACUACCAGAGGAUAGGGGACAUUAUGACAUCAACAUUUCCAAAGGUCUUACCACUUUAUAGAAAUUAUCUACAACGACAAGAAGAGAUUUUAUUGGACCUGGAGCUGGCAUUAAAGUCCCAUAAAACAUUUGAAGCCAUGUACAGAGACUUUGAGAAACAAAAAGUGUGUUAUCUCCCUUUGAAUUCCUUCCUCCUUAAGCCAGCACAAAGAAUUCUACACUACAAACUUAUUAUGGAACGUUUAACUAAACAUUACACACUGGACCAUCCAGACUUUGCUGAUUGUAAAAAUGCCUUAAGUCAGAUAAAUGCUGUGGUCACAGAAUUUAGUGAUUCUAUUAGGUCACAGGAGAAUCUCCAUAAGCUGAUAGAAUUACAGAGAGAUUUAGUGGGGAUUGACACACUUGUACACAGAGACAGGAUCUUCAUCAGAGAAGGAUGUCUGCAGAAAUUCUCCCGUAAAGGUUACCAACAAAGAAUGUUCUUCUUGUUUUCGGAUUUCUUGGUGUACACUAGCCGUGUGGCAUCCUCAGUUCUCCAGUUCAAAGUUCACGGACAACUCCCUCUACGAGGAAUGAUCGUAGAGGAAUCGGACCAUGCUAAAAUGGCAGUGGCCAACAGCUUCGCAAUCUAUGGUGGAAAUAAAUGCAUCUUAGUGGCAGCAAGUUAUCAAGAAGAAAAAGACAAGUGGAUUGAAGAUCUGAAUGCAGCCAUAAUACAAGCUAAAAGUCGUGGGGAUGAUAAGUUCAGAUAUCCUAGUCUCAAAUCCUCAACAAGUUCCUCAGACAAUGUAGGGGUGGAUGGUGAAGUGAAUGGGGUGUCACAGGACAAGAAUGUCCAGCACAGAGCCAACACCACCAUGCAUGUGUGCUGGCACAGGAAUACCAGUGUCAGUAUGAGGGAUCACGAGAGAGCAAUUAAGAACCAGUUGAGCGGUUACCUACUGAGGAAGUUCAAAAAUAGUAAUGGCUGGCAGAAGUUGUGGGUCGUUUUCACCAACUUCUGUCUUUUCUUCUUCAAAACAUAUCAGGACGACUUCCCUUUAGCCAGCCUGCCAUUGCUUGGUUACGCUGUAAACACACCUGAGGAUGAAGAUGGCAUUCACAAAGACCAUGUGUUCAAGCUUCAGUUCAAAAAUCAUGUUUACUUCUUCAGAGCAGAAUCUGAAUACACAUUUGAAAGGUGGAUGGAAGUUAUCAACAGUGCAACAAACAGUGCCAGAAGAAUCCGCCUCUUCAGUCGAUUGGACAGUAAUCAGCCAAUCAGUUCUUAGCAGUUCUCUUCUCUUUGACAGAAAUUAACCAAUCAGUUUUCAGCACAAAGUUGUUUUUUUUUUUUUUAAAUUCAAUCAUGGUAUUGAAAUUGGUUUAUCACAGCAGAGGCAUAUCUUGCAGUGAAAAAUAAUUUAGCCAGUGAAUUAAACAACAAAAAAGGCCUCCACAUACAGUGUUAUUGGUACGUUCACUGUGGAACUGCACAACAUCAUGUUAAAUUAAAACGAACAAAGAUUCCAUUAAAUUUACACAGAAAUCAUUUGCCCUAGUCAAGCUUUUCGCACUUUAGUUUUGUGUUUUGUUGCAUCUUGUUUUACAUGAAUAGAUUUUGAAUUUUGAAUUUCUUUGCAUUUUUUAUUCCCCUGCCAGCAGCUGUAUUAGAAUCUAUGCAAUAGUAUACAGUGUAAAUCCCUGUCUACAUUUGAUGUAUUAACAAAUUAUAGAUAUUAGAAAUCAAAAUCAGCAACAUCCAUGUAAACCCACUUCCAUAAAAGGCCUGUUGCCAGGUCAAAUGUACAUGUAUUUCAUAUGCUGCUAUUUUUUAAUUUCAUAUUCAUUAACCGUCACCCCCAGUAACAUGUAAUCAAAGUGUAUUUUAUUAUGGUAACUCUGUUAUAUGCAAUUUAAAGGAGAACAAAUUUUCACAGAAGGGAAUAAGAAGAUAAUGGCAGCAUUAAGUACGUCUAUGUUGUGAACCCCAUUCCAGGCUGUACAAAAACAAUAACGAUGUGUUGCUAUAAAGUAGAAACAAUGUGUUUAUUGUAAUUAUUAAUUUAACCAUAUUUAGGUAUUCAUUAGGAAACAUCUAUAUUUUUUCGUAUAAAUAUAUUAAAAGUAUUAUCACCUGAGUUACUCAUUGUAUAAUUUCUACAAAACAGUAAUGUCUAUUCUAGGUAAUGUUUUUUUUUUGGGGGGGGGGGGGGGUUCUUUAGAAACUCUCAAACUAAAAUUCAUCAGCUUUGUUUUUUAAAUGGGUUGUGUUAUUCAGUAUUCUGAGACUAUACCAACGACACAUGAAUUUAAUCUGAAACUUUGACAGUUAAUUAAGAAAAUGUUAAUCAGUAUGGAUGUGGUUAGGGAAUUUUUUAUUCAGAUUCACAUAAAACCUUCUCAUGCUUUGAUUUUGUUUUUUUUUUUAAUUUCCUGUACAAUGUAAUCAAUUUGCUUUUAGUCCAUUAAAUUUCUGUGAAAAAAAAAAA